GCCGCGGGGGGGCCGAGCGGGACGCGCGUCUCGGCGGCGACCGGGCUCCCUCCCUCCUCGCGGUGCCCGCUCCCGCGGCCGCCCGCGCUUCCUCCCCUCCCCCGGCCCAGCCGGCCGCCCCCUCCCCCCGACGCGCACGCCCCGCCUGGCAGCUGGCGCCCCGGGCCUGGGGCCGCGGCGGCGAGAGGGGUUUGCAGCGAGGGCGGGAGCGGGCGAGCCGGCGCGCGAGGGAGGGAGGCCGCCCCCCGCGCCCCUCCUCCUCGCGCUCCUCCGCGGCCGCCGGUCCCUCCUCCCGCCGCUCCCUCCUCCCUCCUCCCUCCCUCUCUAAGACAUCCCCGCACGGCCGGGCCGCCGCGGCCACCUUCCCUGCCCGAGCUGCAGAUGUGGCGGAGCGGCCGGGCGCCGGGCGGCCGUGCCAGGGGAGCCCGCGCCCCGUGAGCCUCCCGCCCCGGCCCCCGCCCGCCCGGCCCUCCCCCGCUCGCCCCCCGCCGCCCCGACCGCCGGAGCCCGCAGCCGGGAGCACGACCGCCCCCGCCGCCGAGGUUCCUGCCUAAAGACCAGCUGGGUGCCCCCUUCUGCCUGCUGUCCCCUCCAACUCCAGCACCCCAUCACCAUGCACUCCUUGGACGAGCCGCUUGACCUGAAGCUGAGCAUCACCAAGCUCCGAGCGGCAAGAGAGAAGCGGGAGAGGGUGCUGGGUGUGGUCCGGCACCGCACUCUGCACAGGGAGCUGGGCCUGGUGGAUGACAGCCCCACCCCUGGCUCCCCAGGCUCCCCGCCCUCAGGCUUCCUGCUGAACCCCAAGUUUCCUGAGAAGGUGGAUGGACGCUUUUCUGCAGCCCCUCUGGUAGACCUCAGCUUGUCACCACCAUCUGGACUGGACUCCCCCAAUGGCAGCAGCUCGCUUUCCCCUGAGCGCCAGGGCAAUGGGGACCUGCCUCCAGUGCCGACUGCCCCGGACUUCCAGCCGCUGCGAUAUUUGGACAGUGUUCCCAGCUCCUUCCAGUUCUUCCUGCCCUUGGGGUCUGGGGGUGCCCUGCAUCUGCCUGCUUCCUCCUUCCUCACACCCUCUAAGGACAAGUGCCUCUCGCCAGAGCUGCCCCUGCCCAAGCAGCUGGUGUGUCGCUGGGCCAAGUGUAACCAGCUCUUCGAGCUCCUGCAAGACCUGGUGGACCAUGUCAAUGACUAUCAUGUCAAGCCUGAGAAGGACGCAGGGUACUGCUGCCACUGGGAGGGCUGUGCCCGUCACGGCCGUGGCUUCAACGCCAGCAGGUACAAGAUGCUCAUCCACAUCCGCACGCACACCAACGAGAAGCCGCACCGCUGCCCCACCUGCAAUAAGAGCUUUUCUCGCCUGGAGAACCUGAAGAUCCAUAACCGGUCCCACACAGGUGAGAAGCCCUACGUCUGUCCCUAUGAGGGUUGCAACAAGCGCUACUCCAACUCAAGUGACCGCUUCAAGCACACUCGCACCCACUACGUGGACAAACCUUACUACUGCAAGAUGCCUGGCUGCCACAAGCGCUACACAGACCCCAGCUCUCUGCGCAAGCACAUCAAGGCCCAUGGCCACUUCGUGUCUCAUGAGCAGCAGGAGCUCCUGCAGCUGCGCCCACCCCCUAAACCACCACUGCCGACCCCUGACAGCAGCCCCUAUGUCAGUGGGGCCCAGAUCAUCAUCCCCAACCCUGCUGCCCUCUUUGGAGGCCCCAGCCUGCCUGGCCUGCCCCUGCCCCUGGCCCCUGGCCCCCUUGACCUCAGUGCCCUGGCCUGUGGCAAUGGUGGGAGUGGAGGGGGUGGUGGAGGUAUUAGCCCCGGGCUGCCAGGCCCUGUCCUGCCCCUCAAUCUGGCCAAGAACCCACUGCUGCCCUCUCCCUUUGGGGCUGGUGGACUGGGCCUGCCUGUGGUCUCCCUCCUUACCGGCUCCGCUGGCGGCAAGGCAGAGGGGGAGAAAGGGUGUGGGUCAAUGCCCAGUAGGGCCCUGGGCACAGAGGGCUGCAAGACUCCCCUUGAAAGGACGGAGAGCAGCCGCUCCCGGCCAAGCCCUGAUGGACUCCCCCUGCUGCCAGGUACUGUGCUGGACCUGUCCACAGGCGUCAACUCGGCAGCCAGCAGCCCAGAGGCACUAACUCCUGGUUGGGUGGUCAUCCCACCAGGUUCUGUGCUACUCAAGCCAGCUGUAGUGAACUGAGCCUGCUCACCCACCAGCUAUGGCAGCUCAGCCUGCAGCUCUGGGCCCCACCCUGACGAACAGAAACUCUUCUGCGAAAUAGCAAUAAUGUCCUACUGCCCCUGGGCCUGGUGGUCUGUGCUCCCUGGGCAGCUGCAGUCCCAGAUGAGCUGGGCAGCAAGGAUGGUGCUAGAAGGUCAUUGUUGCCUUCCCAGCUCCUGAGUGAGGACCUGGCCCUGACCAUGCUCUUGGGUGCCGAGGCCUUGCUCACCCUCAGCCCUCUGCCCAUCCUCCACCAGACCCUUAGUCCUCCUUGGUUUCCCACCCUGGUGCCUCCAUCCUAGAGCCAACUUGAGCAGGUUUUCUUCCCUCACUUGCCCACCUGUCAGCCAGAGGCCAACAGGGACUGCUGCCCAUGUCCCAACACUGGGAGCAGGCAAGGUAGCAUCUGCCCUCCUGCUGGUGCCAGGCUGCCUCCCCCCUUCACUGAUGAGCUGUGAGGAGCCCCCUGGGGUCAGAACACCUGUUAGGCUCACCUAGUCCGUAUGGGGAUUUCCUAGACCCCUUUCCCUCUGACCUAUCCUCUGGAGGGAGAGAAGAUAAGAUGCAGACCCUGGCUAAGCCACAGGAAGAAGCCAUGCUGUCCCUGCCCACCCCUAUGACAAGGUGCCUCCCUGCUCACUAGAGAAGGGAGGCCUGCUUGGUCAGCUGCUCUCAUCCCUCACCCAGCCUAAAUCAGACUGCAUUGCCAAAGGGCCAGCUGACCACUCACCUGCCCCUGCACCCUAGAUGUUCUCAUUCAGGCAUCCUGAGAGUAUGGGAAACAUGGAGCCAGGGAGGGAAGGUACCAGAUUGACAGCCUGGUGCCAGGACUCAAUCCAGGCUUCUGGUCCAGCAACCAGGGCUCAGGAAACAAGUGGGGCCAGGCCAAGCUCCAUCUUGGUCACCACAGCUGGGCCUGGCCUAGGUAGUACUGUCUUGGAGGCCUGCAGUACACUGGUCCUAACCAAGAGGCAAGAAGUAGCUUCCGGUCUAGGGGCAUCAAGACAGCAUGCCAGGGGGGAAAUGGAGAGGGCUUUCUGGCCAUUGACUGAAGGCCUGGAUGUGUGGGAAAAUGGUCAGCCAAGGAUGGUCAUGGGAAUGCCCAGUCCCUCCAGCCUGGGAAGAGCUGGCUGGAGGAAGGAGCCUGGACUUGGGAUGUCGUUUCCUCUUUUUCUCAGUUGAACCCCAUCCUAAGAGGUAUCUCUUAUACUCCCACCCCAGUAAGCUCCCCAGGGUCUAGCUGUUCUGCAGGGGCCAGAAUAAGUCAAGGAUACAGGACACUGGCCCCACUGCCUGAACCCCAGAAGCUAGGCUACCCAGUAUGUUCCACUCAACCCUGGGCAUCUUGCUGUUCCCUCCCCUGCCAGCAGCUGGGAGCUCUGGCUUCCAGACCAGCCCUGUCACUAGGCUUCAAAGUGGCUAACCUCCUCCAAUUCCCCAUCCAUAGAACAAAAGAGCUACCAGAUGGCAGUGGGGUCCUCCAUAGCCCUGUGGUUCCUCUGAGCAGUUCUGCUGAUCCUACUCUUUCCCAGACUGCCCUUCUGUUCCAGAGGGGUCACCCUGACCUGGCCUGCCCUGCUGCUGGGCUUAGAACCCAAGCCCUGACAGGGCCCGGCCAUGCUGGCUCUGCCCCUUGAAGGGGCUGUAAGCAAGGUGGAAAGGAGCUGGUCUCCUUUCUUUGGGCCCCACCCAGGACCCAAGCAACCCCCUCACCCCUGUUAGGGCCCCAGGCCUUAAGUCCCUAGCUUGUGGGGAGGGGUAUGGGUUUGACUCAAGCCCAGGAGCAGAGGAACAGGGCACUGGAAGGUGACAUUAGCUCAGCAUGUGAUUCGGUGAUAGACCAGGCUUAGAAGGGCCGGUAUACUUUUUGUUGUUGUUGGUUUAUUGUUGCACAUUCCAGGAUAUCAGUAUUUUAACAGGUUCUAAGUGCCUUUCUAUUGUAGCUUAUGUUUUUCCUCCUCUUGGCUCCAUUGCUGUUAGCAUAGAGUUUAAAAAAGAGAUAAGCUAAUGACUAUAACAAUAUAUUCCUCCAUGUGAGAGGAAGUUUAUAAAGAAACAAUAAAAGUGAGUUGCAAAGAU